CUGCGGUGACCCGGAUGUAGCGGCGCACUGCCUCCACUCGUCUGAUCCUCUUAUCAGCGACAAGGCGCUCGAGAUGGAUGUUGUCAACCAGCUGGUCGCCACCGGGCAGUUCACAGUCUUCAAACAGCCAUUAGGAUUUAUUAAAGUCUUACAAUGGUUCUUUGCCAUCUUUGCGUUCUCCACCUGUGGCGGUUACUCUGGAGAGUUACGUGUGAGCGUGGAGUGUAAGAACCGCUCAGAGAGUGACCUGAACAUUGAGAUUGAGUUUGGCUACCCGUUCAGACUGCACCAGGUAUGGUUUGAUGCUCCUACGUGUAAAGGGAUGGAGCCUGAACGCCUGUUUCUGGUGGGAGACAACUCUUCCUCUGCUGAGUUCUUUGUCACCAUUGGUGUCUUUUCCUUCCUUUAUUCAAUGGCAGCCAUUUCUGUGUACAUCUUCCUCCUGGAGAAAUACCGUGAGGGAAACAGAGGAGCUCAGGCUGAUUUUGUGGUGACAGCUAUUUUUACCUUUAUGUGGUUGGUGAGUUCAGCGGCGUGGGCCAAAGGUCUCUCAGAUGUGAAGAGUGCCACUGACCCUGAUGAGAUCAUCGACCUCAUCCCUGCAUGUGACCACGAGGAAAACCGCUGCAAAGAAAUCCACGAGCCCGUGGUGUCCGGCCUGAACACAUCUGUGGCGUUUGGCUUCUGUAAUAUGGUGCUGUGGGCAGGAAACCUGUGGUUUGUCUUAAAGGAAACCGGCUGGCUUGCAGCCUUUGCCGGCACUUACAUGCCCUCAGGACAGAAGCAGCCAGCUCCAGACUCCGUAGGCCAAGGCUAUGGACAAGAAGGUUAUGUCCAGGACCCUUACGCCAGCACUCAGAGUGGGUACCAGCCCGACUACAGCCAGCAGGGCGGUGGAUAUGAAGGCGGAGGCUACAACCAGUAUGGUCAGGGUGAGCCCACCUCCUUCUCCAAUGAGAUGUGAGCUCCAGCUCUGCACUGAUCACAGCAAGAGGACAGUCAUGUGAUCAGCCAGCAUGAAAAUACUAGCAGUGUUUCCUCUCUCUUCAGUCUUUCUUUAUGAUCAGUGGGUUUAAAGGGAAGGGGUGGGUGAGGGCUAAAGCACAUUUAAGAAAUGUUAGCAGGGUUGUUACUAAAUCAUAGCCAGGCGAAAACGCUUUGGACCCAGGAGGAAGUGAGGAGCCUGGUUUCAACCUACUGUCUAUCACAUCGAAUCCAGCGGGAGAUCAUCUGUCCUAUUAUGAUGAGGAAAAACUUGAAUAUGCUACCAAAAAGAUCAAUGAAACCUAUGAUAUAUAUAUAUAUAUAUAUAUAUAUAUAUGCUACAUAUGGGGAUUUAAUGAAUUAUAGUAAUAUUAUACUAAAUGUGUUUGUCUCUGUGAUGUAAAUAUGAAUUAUAUUUAAAUAGAUAUGCUGUAUUGUGAAUUUAACUGUCGCUUUUGCGUGUGUGUGUGUGUUUACUUGUAGUCUCCACAUUUUUGUUGUUUUUAUUUAUUGUAGUGGUGUUUUCCCUGUAUUACCACUACACCUCCUUCAUCAUUCAACCCACAGUACUGACCUUAAACCUCCUAUUUAAUGUGUGUUUUUCUUUUUUUAUUUGUGUGAAACUUUCUUUUAAGGUUCAUGAGAGCACAACGAUAAAAUAGUAUAGCAGUUAUGUGUCGAUCAUUACUAAAAGUGUUAACAAAAGUCAGUAGUCUUAGAUAAAAAUGGUAGGGAGAGAAACUAAAGAACAGAGUGAAACAGGAAGUACAGAUGUACAUGCAUGAGCUUUAUUUCCUUUUAUGUUUUGGUAAAUUUUCCAAACCUUUAUAAUCUAAAGCACAAAGGUAUUGUUGAUGCUAUAAAACGACUUGUACAAUAUAUCGUCAUGGGUGCUUCAGUACUUGAUGUUUGGUUUUUCUAGUGCUGUGAAACUCCACUGAUGCUCUUAUUCAGACAUGAGUGUGAAUGUGAACCAAUGAUAUUCUUUCUGAAGAUUCAUUUCCAUGUGUUUUGGCUUUUUGUUCAGAUUGAAGUGGAUAUUUUAAUGCUGCCUCUGUCUCUCUGCCUGUACAUGCAGGUCCAUAGCUUUCUUUCUCUCUCUGGUUAUAUGAUCUGAUAAUGCAAAAUAAAAUAAUGUUAGAGAAUGAUGAGUGAUGACA